UCUGACGAAGUACUCCUCAUGGAUCUAGCUCCAUGUUCGCCCGAGAAAGCGAUGCGGUGUCCCCGCGGUUAGGGCGUGCAGUUCUCGUGUCUCGUGCAGCCUCGCGGCUUUUUUUUGCGAAGCGCAACCACUCGAGGAGGCUUCCGCGAGCCCGGGUCGUGUAUCGCGCGAGCGUGGCCCAUGAGGCUGCGUGAGGCCGUGGCAAAGUCGUGUCUCGGAGGGCCCGGCGGUGCGGAUAAGUUCGUCGAAGCGUGUCGGCGACGCGAAAGAGGUGAAUGCACGGCGAGGUAGUGUGCGUGCCCGAGGAAACCCGCCAAAAUCUUGGCAUAGGGGUGAAAAAGUGCGCGCCCCAUAGGCGCGAUAAGCAGUGUGAGGGUGUAACGGUGUUGUUCGAGGGUAAGACGUGCACUAGCCGUCCGUUAGGGAGUUUUGUUAUUAUUUUGCCGCGGUGCUUUUGACCCUUUGGCGGACGAGUUCACUGCAGAGCUGCCGUGGGGGUGUCCGGUGGCUUGGUCCGCAGCGGCGCCAGCGACACGAUCCGCCGCCGCCGUCGCCGCCGCUGCCGCCGUCGUCGUCGCGCUCACCAAGUCGUCGCCUCACCCGAGAUUACAUCGGGCCGGACCAGCCUCGUCCGGAUCUACCGUGGGACGAGUGGUCCUCGGGAAGGCGCGGUCGGGCCCCUCGAAACUGGGAAAAUCAGCGAAGGAACGCGCCACGGAGGGACGCUCCGUCGACCACGAACCACGUGAUCCUCCUUGUCAGCCCGCACGCAGAGCAUGCUCGCCUCAAUGGCCAUAACCUGAUUUGGCUCCUUGCGGCUGGCCACACUUGACAACAAAAACAAGUUGGGAUAUCCGGCGCACAUAGCUCAGCUCUUGUUGCUGUCGAUAUAAUCAUUAUCCUCGUCAUCGGAAUCCUCAUCAUCAUUAGUUCUAGCAUUGGAGUUACCCGUUGUCCUGGCCUUAAGGAAAAGGGGCGACACCGAAAUAACGGCUGAGUGAAAGCUGACGAGGAGUUCCUGGCUACGCGGAAGGAUACUUGUGUCUAAGUGCUGUCUGUUUCGCGUUCCGUUUUAAUGGCCGUAACCUGAAUUCUCGCUACCGCUGUUGCUUACCGCUGCUAUCACGUGGCUUGUAUUAAAGUGAAAUAAAAGCGGAAGUCCGACAUUUUACGUGGAAACAUACCGGAGCAACGUGUGAGAGAGGUGCGAGUCGAGGGCGUCCACGUGCCGGGUGUGUUGCUCCUACUGUCCACAUCGUUCGUAGGAGCAUUGCAGUUGUUGUUCGACGAAGUGUGAAUCUUCGGCAGCUUCGUCCGAGGAGCAUCCUCGUCACGGGACGUGGAGCUUCGAAGUCAAGUCUGCUGGGUGAAGCAGGCUUAAAAGGAUAAAGAAGGACGAAUCCGGUGGAAGCGAAGAGCGACGGAGAGAGAGGGAAGAUCGAGUAGUGACGACGUUGUCUUCGCAAAGCCACAGGACGAAAUCAAGAGAAAAGAUUGGGAGCGACGAAGGGUCCGGUGAAGAGGAAGAGGAAGAGGACGAUUCCGAAGAAGAGGAAGAAAAGGGAAGGGAAGAAGGGACGCGGAGGAGGAGAAUAGAAAAGUCGAGCCUGGAAGGAUAACCGUAGAUAAACCGAAAGCGAAGCGAUAGUAGGAAUUAAUAAUAAGAAGAAAAGUAAAGUAAAUAAGAAAAAUACCGCAAACUGAAGUCUGAACCUCAAGAAACCGCAACGGAUCACCGCCAAAGUAGAGUUUAGCCUGCGAGUGCAGAAUCAGAGAGCGCAAGAGUAACAGGACGAGAGUUUUUUUGAGUGCGAGAGAGAGAGAGAGAGAGAGUUGUCAGAACGCAAGACGUGAAGUACAAGAGAGAACGAGAGAAAAGGAACGAAAGAUUACGAUAGAGUGUGCACGUGUGUAAAUAAGAGCUAUUUUUCGUAUGCCACAUAAAAAAAUAUAUAACGAAGAAGAAGCGUCUGACGAGGAGAAGGACGAGGACGGCGAAAGAUCGGUAUCCUCGGUAACAGGACGUCUUCAUCGAAGCUAUCCUCGAUCUGAACACUGACCGAGUCCUCGUUCCUGACGCAAGGACACCAGGGAAAGUCCUGCGAGGCCUAUCAGUAUUCGGCCUAGUAACAGGACACCCUCGCCGAAUAAGGUGGGAAGUCCUAAAAGUUUUCAUCCAUCAGACACAGUUGGCAAUCCUGAGACCAGGUGUCCUCGGCUCAGCUGAUAAUCGUACGCAAAGCAUCAAAGUGAAACGUGUUUACCGCGAGUGUCAUCAGAAACUGUAAAAGAGUCAUAGACCAAGGGAGAGCGAGUCCUAGGUGAAAUAAUUUUGUGGGGUUCAGGGCCGGACGUAUUAAAGGUCGUAGCCAGGGUCCGCUGAUACUGUAAUCGCAAUAGAGAACGGUCUCGAGGGCUCACGAGCCCCAUGUUGUGAGCUUCCGAGGACUGCCCGAGGCAGCACCCGGGGGGUUCGGGUAUGGAGUAUGGAGGCGGCGGUGGAGGCCGUGGAGGAGUGCAACCCUCAGCAGGUGCAAGGGGUAUUGCAGGGACCGAUACUACCGACGCUGCGUGGCACAAACACGAACAAAUGAUCCUCAUGGAGUCCAGGCACAAGCAACAAUUGAGCGGGAGAACGGGUACAGGAGGCGCACCUCUCUACGGUCGUCUUGUAGCCGAGGAACCGCUACCUCCUGCAGUAUGUGGGGGUGGUGGCGGCGGCGGUGUGGGAACCGGUGGGGUUCCCCAGGAAACCCCUGCAGACAUUCACGCCAUGCAGGCUCGAAUACCCCACAGGUUUCGAGAUCCUGCUACGGCUCCUCUUCGGAAGCUCAGCGUCGACCUCAUCAAGACCUACAAGCACAUCAAUGAGGUUUACUACGCGAAGAAGAAGAGGAGGGCGCAGCAGAUGCAAGGCGAGGAUGGCUCGCACAAGAAGGAAAGGAAGCUCUACAACGACGGCUGGGAUGACGAUAACCACGAUUAUAUCAUCAAGAAUGGGGAGAAGUUUCUUGAUAGAUAUGAGAUCGAUUCGUUAAUAGGUAAAGGCAGCUUUGGCCAAGUGGUAAAGGCGUUUGACCACGAGGAGCAAACUCAGGUUGCAAUAAAAAUAAUAAAGAAUAAAAAACCGUUCUUGAAUCAAGCGCAAAUUGAAGUUCGGCUACUGGAGAUGAUGAAUAGGGCAGACACCGACAACAAGUAUUAUAUAGUUAAAUUGAAGAGACACUUCAUGUGGCGGAACCAUUUGUGUCUGGUUUUUGAGCUGCUGUCUUAUAACCUUUACGAUCUACUUAGAAACACGAAUUUCCGAGGGGUUUCGUUGAACCUGACGAGAAAGUUUGCGCAGCAGCUGUGCACGGCCCUCCUGUUCCUCUCCACGCCGGAAUUGAACAUCAUCCACUGUGAUCUGAAGCCUGAAAAUAUCCUCCUGUGCAAUCCCAAGAGAAGCGCGAUUAAAAUUGUCGAUUUUGGCAGUUCGUGUCAACUUGGACAGAGGAUAUACCAGUACAUUCAAUCUAGGUUUUAUCGGUCGCCGGAAGUCUUACUAGGAAUACCAUAUGACCUUGCGAUAGACAUGUGGAGCCUGGGUUGUAUUUUAGUUGAAAUGCAUACGGGAGAACCUUUGUUUAGCGGAGCCAAUGAGAUCGACCAAAUGAACAAAAUCGUUGAAGUGCUAGGGAUGCCACCUAAGCAUAUACUGGACCAAGCGCACAAGGCGCGAAAGUACUUCGACAAAGUCCCCACGGACGGCUCUUACGUGUUGAAGAAGUCGAAGGACGGUAAGAAGUACAAACUGCCGGGUACGAGGCGGUUACACGAGAUUCUAGGGGUGGAGAACGGCGGCCCCGGUGGCAGAAGAUUAGGAGAGCCCGGUCACUCCGUCUCCGACUACCUCAAAUUCAAGGACCUUAUCCUAAGGAUGCUGGAUUUCGAUCCGAAAACGCGAGUGACGCCGUACUACGCGCUGCAGCACAAUUUCUUCAAGAGAACAGCCGACGAGGGGACCAACACGAACAUCGCGACUACCAACAGUGCGAACACCAGUCCUGCGGUGGUGUCCAUGAGCCAGGAUCAUGGACUGGUAACCAUGUCAGGACAGGGCAGCAGCACCGGCGGUAGUCUGGUGCACGUGCCGAGCCUCCCUGGUGGCUAUCAACCGAUGGACUGCGAGUCUUCGCCCCGGCAUUCGAGCAGUCGUCGUGCCAUAACAACCUGCUACCCAUCGACGUCAGCCACCGGGGCGCCUACGUCCGCCCCGACGUCCAUGCAGUCCAUGGACAGCCCCCUGAUACAAAGCUCUCUUGGCUCGUACAACAGCCUCAUUCUCCCAGGGAUACCGCAUCUACCUGCGAUGAUCACCUCACCGAUGAUCCAGCAGCAGAACUUCUACAACUACGGGUACCCGAGCGCCGACGCUCAGGGUAUGGUCCGGCAGCCGUCGACGGUCGCGGGUGGGAAACAACGUGACCCGGAGAGAGAGGACAGUCCGAUGGUUGGCGUUUGCGUGCAGCAGAGUCCAGUGGCAAUUCACUGAGCCGGUGUAUCGCAAGAGGAUCGGUAGCAGCCCUCGCGGCUACCAUGCUCCGAAGGAACCGUCUUUGUCGUCAUCAUCAUCGGUGAACGAGGAGCACCGCGACGCACGACUAUCGCCCCGCGACUGAGCACGGACCUGGUCGCCGUGGCCUCGGGACUCCGAGUGUCUCCUUGGUGGAACGUCGACGGAGAUGAGUAGGACUUGGAGAGAGGAAGAUGAGACCAGGGGCUGCGGUGGAUGUAUUUUGGAAUAAUCGCUCCGCCAGGCUCAACCCCGCAGCGCCAGGAAUCAUAAAGAGACCCCGGGGAUCGACGCGCGAUAUAUCCCUCGUUCGGAGGAGAGGGACGAUCUGGUUCUGUUUCUAACCUCAUUCUGUCCGAUGGGAAUCGGCGAGAGAGUCUGGAGAAGGAGAGAGAGAGAGAGAGGGGAUGAAGACGGAAAAAGAGUAUGGAACCUGCGACCUGCCAGUCGUCGUGAACUUUGACCUCGGCCUUCGUCGUGGCAAGAGAAGCGUGAUAUCAGCCGAUACCUAAGGCUACUGGAUCCGCAUGCAUAUUAUUGGUACAAGAAGAGCAGGCAGUGGACGCUAUACGAAAUACCAAUGAUCGCCGAGACUGAGCAUCACUUGUCUUACGUUGUCCGAAAUGAUUUUGCUUUACUGAAUGGGGUCAAGGAUACGAGAUUCUAUCUCGGUCGACGUCGUUCCCGAAUGGACCGAGAUCGACGAUGCGAUAGAUCGGACGCGGAUCUGGAUGAAAUCACAGACUGAUAACGAUAUCACAUUGAGGAAUUGCGAUAGUACGGACGAGGUGGAUCGCGCAUUUACGAUCUUUUUCUUUUCUUCGUCCUUCCUUCCUUUUCUUUUGCCUCCUCGCGUUUAUUCAUUUUUAAUGAGAAUGACUGGCCCGGCCACGGGCGAAGAUGACGAUGAAAUUGAAAGUGACGAGAGAAGCGGAGGGAGGAAGAUGACGAGAAGGUUCGCUGGACGGACAGACGUACAGACGGAUACGGCCUAGUGAGGAUGAACCCAGCUGGCCUCAUCGGGUCCCGCCCCGAUAAACAACGGACACUUUUCAACAUUAAAGCAGCGAAAGUUUAUAAUAAUCGGUACCCGUUCAAUAAGGAAGUACGUUUCUUUUGUUUUUGGCAUCUGAACAAUUUUUUGUGGCCUACAGAGCAAACAAGGGAUGUGAGAGAGAGAGAGAGAGA